GUGAACAAAGUGUCGUAGGAAGCGAAGGGAAAAAGAAAAGAAACAAUAAAAAAACCAUAGUGUCACCAUCACCGAAAAAGACAAAAAACUAACAACAACUCUGCAGCCCGUUCCGGUGGAAAAUCGAUCGGUUGUCCGCGAGUAUUUUUCCGUGUGUCGUUGCGGGUGCUGGACGGUGAUUACAUGAUACAAACUUGGUUCGAUAACCACCAACCACCAGCCGAAAAACGAAAACGAAUGUAGAGCAAGCCAUGGAGCGAGUGGAACUACUGAACGGCCCAUCGGAAAAGCGCAUCUCGCGGUCUCGGGUUCUCGAGGAGGAUAGCGACGAUCAGCACGACUCACAACCGUCGACGGAUUCCGGGUCGGGUUCCGAGCAGGUUACAGCGACUCCGAGUGGACACGGAAUGUCCCAGCCAUUAUUGCCUCAAGUCGGAAACGCUCAUCGUCAGGAAAAGUGCACCGAUGGCGGGUUUAUGGUCGAAUCAGUGAACUUGACGCGGAAUGAUGACCAGACCAUGGAGAAUGCCGAAGAAAAGCUUCGCAACGGCGCCUCUUCACCCGGAGCGAAUGGAAAAAAUGUGGCCCUAGUGCAACCCAACAACCACCGAAGAUCGGAUGAACCGACGGAGUUGAGCUUCGAGAAGUUUCCGGAAAAUCAUGAGGAAAAACUGAAACGAAUAAAAAUCGAAAACGCCCUCGACGACCCGAAGACGCCACCCGAGACAUGGAAACAGUUCGCCAAGUCCGAGUAUGGGCUUAUUAACGAUGACUUGCGGCGCAAGGUUUGGCCCCUCCUUGUCGGGGUUGAUCCGCAACAGGUAGAUCCGGCCCCGUCGCUCGAGCAGUUGAACAACCACCCAGAAUACCACCAGGUGGUGCUGGACGUCAACCGUUCGCUGAAGCGUUUCCCGCCGGGUAUCCCGUACGAACAGCGUGUCGCCCUUCAGGACCAACUUACCGUGCUGAUUUUGCGUGUCAUCAUCAAGUACCCACAUCUGAAGUAUUACCAGGGAUACCACGAUGUAGCGAUCACGUUUCUGUUGGUCGUGGGCGAAGAGGUUGCAUUUCACGUGAUGGAGAUCCUUUCCACCAACCAUCUGGUCGAGUGCAUGCAGGAAACAAUGGAGCCGACUCAACGAAGGCUGAUGUUCAUCUAUCCGUUGAUACGGCACGAGAAUGCAGCUCUCUGCAGCUACCUGGAGAGAUCAACGGUAGGAACACUGUUUGCACUGCCGUGGUACCUGACCUGGUUUGGCCACAGUCUAAACUCGUACCGGUCCGUGGUACGGCUCUAUGACUACUUUCUGGCAUCCGACUUUCUGCUGCCCAUCUACGUUACCUCCGCGAUUGUCAUCUACCGGCAGAACGAGAUUUUCCAGGAGGACUGUGACAUGGCCUCGCUACACUGUCUGCUAUCACAGCUACCUGAGGACCUUCCCUUCGAAUAUUUGCUGAAAAGUGCAGAAACUCUCUAUCGAAAGUACCCUCCGCGGGUGAUCGAAAAGGACGUUGAAACUAUGAUCGCCAAUGAAAAACAACAACGGCUCGCCGAAGAGCGGGAACGCGAGUAUCGCCGGCUGUACGGUAAAAAGCCUCCGCCGCCGAUUCCGGCAUCUAUCAUUGGACGGUUUCUGCCCCACCUGCAGCUAUCCCGUCGUUCGGUGUUCGUCACGACCGCGUUCUCUAUUCUGGUCGGGUUCUGUGCUUACUACUACCGGGCACACUAUAUGCCGCUGGCGGCGAUCAGAUGAGUGGAGCUGUUCCGGCGGCUCCCGUCGUCGUUUGUUGUCAGUGCCCCUGCUAACCCACUGGCCGGGUUUGGCCGGUGGGCGGCUAGUGCAAGCGGACCACAAGUGCAGUGAAGCCGGCGGACUACGGUGUGGGUUGCACUCUAUCCGAGGGAUUUGUGAUUAUUCGUUGUUGUCGUCCCCUACCACGUUCUCGCACGCUUUCCGCUAUCAACAAGGCCGCGCGCCAUUGUACGUUCCAGUCAUUGGGUUUGGUUUCGCUUUCGGACAUCGAUUUCCCAUUCAUCUCUCCCUUUGUAUUUUGUGUACAUACGUUCACUAGAAAGUUCUUCUCUUAAAUGCUAUCAUUGCUGUGGGCGUAUCACGUGAGGAAGAAAUGUAAGCUUUUUGCUUCCAACACUUCAAAUUAUUAACUCGACUUCAGUUGCAUGAUAGU